CGACAAAUCAAGCUGGCGUCUGUUGUUUGUUUCCGUGCAUGUUUCCGUGCGUUUUUGCGGGCCUCUUCGCAUCUUUCCGUACGAUCGCACGCUGCCUUAACCGGCCUGAAUUAGACAAAAUUGAGCGCUCUCACGGAGUGCCUUCGCACCAUCGCUAGCAAGCGGCCAUGUUGCGGCUUUACUCGAGCAAAGCGAGCCCGGUGUGACUUCCCAGCUUUGCCUAGUUGGUAGUUGAUUCCCCCACCUCCUCUACGGUCGUAGCCGCACGGGGGGUAGCUGCCGCACGUUGAUCAUCGAUACAGCCGAAAGAGAAAGAAGAAAAAUGGCCGAUUUCCUGCUCGAGCGCGAGCUUCCCAACCUCAAGGUUGCCGUGGACAGCAACACCUUACUGGAAACUGACAAUGAUGACUGCAUGGACUUAGACGAGAACACGAAGACGGAGAGAGGAGCCGACAUCACCGAGCCGCCGCCACCGCAGGUCAUCGUGCCCGCACGAAUCGCCGACCGCGCUCGCAAAAGUUCAGACGAAAUGGCAGCCGACGACGUGGAUGACCCUGAAGCAUACAUGGUCCAGUAUGCAGAGCUGUACCGGAGCCUUGGCGUUGACCCUAGGCGCCCAGGAGGAACACGACUGAAUGCUGUGCAUGUCAGGGGCGUGACCGACAUGGCCACUGAAGACGUGAUGGAGUAUUUCAAAGACUACGGCCCUACAUCUGUCGACUGGAUAAAUGACUAUGCUUGCAAUGUGGUGUGGCUUCAGAACCAGGACGCAGCCCGUGCUCUGCAAGAGCUGAGCCGGCCACUUCUGGUCAAGCCCAAGAACCGGGAAGACCACGAUUCGCCCACUCUGGAAGCCAAGGCCCCGCCAAGCUGCGUGUCCCCGCUGAAUCGACCUGAGCAGACUACGACAACGGCUGGAAACAUCAUUCGCCAGGAGUCAGGUGACACAGGCGGAGCGGGUGACGGAUGCGAGGAAGUUGUGGUCAUGUCGGACGACGAAUUCGGAGAUGACGCGGGCCCGUCCGAACCACCUGCUGCCAAGGACACUGCAGCAGACCGCGAGGAACUGGACGUCUCUGAAGUUGGGGUUCCAGUGCCACCCGGAGAAUGGCGCCGAGCUAUCAGGCCGCACCCCAAGGCCAAGAUCUUACUCCUGCGCUUUUCGAACAAGUAUGACAAGAAGAUGCCUGGAGCAGAGAAGCACAGUGAGUACUACAAAAAGUAUGGGAACCCUAAUUACGGAGGAAUGACUGGCCUCAUCAGCAACUCCAGGAAGCGCAGAAUGCGGGAGGCAAAAAGUGCUUCGUUUGCUUUGGGCAGUGCCAGAUCAAUGGACACUGGAGAUGACAGUGACAGAGAUCGUUCGCUGUUGGGUGCCAGGCAGCGUGCAGUGAAACGGAUGCGCAUGAGGAUGUAUGCGGACGAAGAGGAAGAGAAGCAACGACGUGGGAAAAGACCUGGGGCCCUUGGCACACCGACACCCCCCACGCCAUGGUCUACGCCUGGCAACUCGCCAACGUCGGACGAGGAGACCUUUAGCCGCUCCCUCAGCAUCAGCGUCAGUGGCAGCAGCGUCUGGGACCGCCUGUCCGGUGGGCGGGCCAACCUCUUUCGAAGGCAGGAACACGAAGACGUCGACGAGUAUGGAGACGACGAACAAGACAGAUUCCCAGCUCCCAGAUGGUCGCGCUACGUUGAUCUGGAUGACCCGAGCUUGCGGGACGACUACGACCCAGCCGACGACAGCUUCGGUGGCAGUGGCUACGGCGACGAUUUUGGAUUCGAGGACAGGUCGGGAUCGAGAAGGGGGGUAGGCCUCAGCCGGAGAGACGACAACGAAGGCGACGAUGAGGAUGCUCGCCGACUUCUGUCGACUGUUCGAAUGGCCGGCACGGAUCUGCGGUCCAAGCUUGAGAAGCUGAGGCAGAACCGGUCGGCGCCGGAACGUAUGAAUGCGCUGCGAAUUUCUGUGUCGAACGAGGCGCCUUGAUUUGUAGCGUACGUGGCCAUGCUGUGGGUUUCUUCGGGGGUUUAGACACUGUGGGUGGGCUGUUUGUGUCUUGAAUGGGGGGUGUAAUGACGACUUGCUUCCCAGAAGCAGCGUACAGAAUGUCACGAUUGCUGCUCCCUGAGCAACAAUAAAAUGGAAGCAGCAUGUUGCCGAGAGGUUUCCAUCCUUGCGUAACGACAUUUUUCGAUGCCAGUGAGCAGACGUGAAGCGCAGCAGAACGUCAGUAACAUAGAAGGACGACAAGUGCUUCGUUUCACUCACUACACUCGCAGUCUGGAGGGCUGCGCAUGUUGCACUGAUUCUGCUGUUUCAUGGGCAUCUCCAACUGUGAAACCUCUUUUUUAAAUUUAGCACUCGCUCUUAGGCACAUAUAAGGCCGCUAGUCAGAAGGUUAAAUACUGUCGUGGCAGAUUGACACGAAGUGUUUUGUGAGCAACUGCCAAGCUAGAGGCUGUGGAUGAAGAUAGCAUGUGCUCCCAGUGCAUGCGAUAUCUCAGCAACCACUGUAUUUUUCCUUAUUUGCAGUUGGCUUUGUUGUUUCUUAAAACUAUAUGAGUUAGCCCCUAUAUGUAAAAAGAAGGAAGACAUUGAGCUUAUGGCUUACACAUAAAAGAAUGGUACGCAUCAUUGAAGGCUGGUUUGAAAUCGUGGAGACAAGAUUUGCCAUCUUUAAAAGUGGGUACCGUCGAAAAGAAUUCAGUCGUAUAAGAUAUCAUGAAGGUUGCCCAAGUGACAUGUUGCAGCGAUGUUCCAAUGUAUUUGCACCCGCAUUGUCAUAUUUGCUUUGCUUGUCAGUCGAAUAUCCAACUUUUUUUUUUCUGUUUACCUCAAGCAAUUGUGAAUGACCGCCAAAAACUUUUUAGAUUUGUUUCAGAGCAGCAGUAUUUUUAAAUGACUAAAAAGCACAUCUCUUCACAGCAUGUUUUUGUUCUGCCACAACACUAUCGAAGAGCCUCGCCGAUGAGGUUAUUGCACAAAAUUUUAUUUCCGAUCUUUUUUCUUUUUAAUGACGGUUAUUGCGUUAUAUUUCCAAUGUGGCUUUAACUAGGCUUGCAGCGCGUGUCAUCUGCUCGUAUAAAUACCCCCUCAUAAGGCAUCAUACUGUACAAGUGUCGCGUUGCAAUGCAUGCUGUCCAAAGCAAGCAAUACGUUUUGCGUGCCUGGGCGCAUCCCCUCCCUCGAAGUUUGUUUUUGUCACUGUUAAACAUUUCAUGUUUACUAUGAAAAUAAAGAAGCUCAUUAUGGUGACAGUUUA